CAAGCAAGAGAAGUUGGGUCAUGUGACGUGGGGUCAAGUGUGCUCCACCUCAGAAGUGAAUCUGAUUCAGAAAGAGAAGUCGAGUGGACUUAGUCGUCCAAAGGCCCUAAGUAAGCAAGGUGACAUACGAGAGGGAACUUCUAGAAAUGAAAUUCUUCCCCGAAAAGAG